UUUGCGCACCGGGAUGCGCGAGCAGCCUGACCAUGGCUCUCUGUCGGAUUUACUCAUCCCUUUUUCUUUUUGUUCUUUACACUUUACUAGACUGUGAAGCACUGAGAAACUAUCCGGAUAAUGAAGUUACCCUUCUGGACUCCAUGUCAGCUCCAGGAGAUCUAGGCUGGGAGGCCUACCCAUCAGAAGGGUGGGAGGAGAUCAGUGUGAUGGAUGAGCGUAACAUUCCCAUGCGCACAUACCAGGUGUGCAAUGUGAUGGAGGCCAAUCAGAACAACUGGUUGCGGACAGGACUGAUCCCACGUGCUGGUGCACGCCGCGUUUAUGUUGAACUCAAAUUCACACUGCGUGACUGCAACAGCCUGCCUGGUGUACCCGGAACCUGCAAGGAGACUUUCAAUGUCUACUACCAUGAAUCGGAUGGCGCAGUGCCACCCCCACCAUUACGGCAUGCUCGUGAGAGCCAGUAUGUCAAAAUCGAUACGAUCGCAGCAGACGAGAGCUUCACUCAGAGCGAUGUAGGGGAGCGUGUCAUGAAGCUCAACACAGAGGUGCGCCACAUCGGGGGACUCAGCAAACGAGGCCUCUACUUAGCAUUCCAGGACCUGGGUGCCUGCAUCGCCCUGGUAUCAGUUCGGGUGUUCUAUAAGCGAUGCCCGCUGGCCGUGACGAACCUGGCACUUUUCUCUGACACGGUGACAGGUGGAGACCAGGCGCUGGUGGAGGUGCGAGGGUCUUGUGUGGAGUAUGCUGAAGAGCUGGAGGCACCACGGAUGUUCUGCAGUGCAGAUGGAGGCUGGCUUGUGCCGAUUGGACGCUGCGUGUGCAGGCCUGGCUUUGAGGAGAUCGAUGGCCAAUGUCAGCCCUGUAGGCCUGGUUUUUACAAAGCCUCAGCCAUGGAUGCCUACUGCAUGAAGUGUCCACCACAUAGCUACACUCAUCAGGACAAGGCCUCCGAAUGCAUAUGUGAAAGGGGCUACUACAGAGCCGAAACUGACCCUCGCUCCAUGGCCUGCACAAGGCCUCCGUCAGCACCAGGCAACCCCAUUUCCACAGUGAACGAGACAGCAGUGACUCUGGAGUGGAGCCCACCGCGGGACACCGGGGGCAGAGGGGAUGUAACUUACAGUGUUCAUUGCAGGAAGUGCUCAGGCUCUGUUGGUGAGAUGGUUGAGAAGUGCGUGCCCUGCGGCAGCAGUGCUCACUUCAGCCCACGCCAGUUUGGCUUGGCUCACCCCAGAGUUCAGGUCAGCGAGCUCCAGCCUCGAACCAACUACACGUUCAGCAUCGAGGCAGUGAAUGGAGUCUCAGAUCUCAGCCCAAACCCUCGACACCUCGUGAACAUCAACAUCACCACUAGCCAGACAGUGAGUGUGAUUGUUAAAGAGAGGAGGAGCCGGGACAGCAUCACCCUGGCCUGGCAGGGUCCAGAAACGUCCGAUGGUGCUGUGGUGGAGUAUGAAGUCACCUAUUAUGAGAAGAAUCAGCGAGACCAGAACUACACUGUGCUGAAGACCAAAUCCAACAUCAUGACAGUGGAGGGCCUGAAGCCAGGGACCACUUAUGUGUUCAGGGUUCGUGCUCACACUGACGGAGGCUACGGCAACUAUGGAGGAGAGAUUGAGCUGGAGACAAGGCAUGAAGAUAUGUUGGCAGUGGGAGAUCCAAACCAGAAGACCAUCUUGGCUGUGUCUAUUGCUGCCGGUGUUGUACUCCUCAUCCUUCUUGUGGCCUGCUUUGUGGUCAGUGGCAGGCACUGUGGCUACAUCAAAGCAAAACAGGACCCUGAGGAGGAGAAAAUGCAGUUCCAGCAUAGCCGCGUCCCACUUCCUGGAAGCAGAACUUACAUUCAUCCUCACACGUAUGAGGACCCGAAUCAGGCAGUACGCGACUUCGCCAAAGAAAUCGACGUCUCCAACAUCCGCAUAGAACGAGUGAUCGGAGCUGGUGAGUUUGGGGAGGUGUGCAGCGGUCGUUUGCGUCUACCCAGCAAAAGGGAGAUCCACGUGGCCAUCAAGAGCCUGAAAGCAGGCUACACAGAGCAACAAAGGCGGGAUUUCCUCAGUGAGGCAAGCAUCAUGGGCCAGUUCGACCACCCCAAUAUCAUCAGACUGGAAGGGGUCGUGACCCGAUGUAAGCCUGUGAUGAUAAUAACAGAAUACAUGGAAAACGGAUCACUGGACACAUUUCUGAAGAAACAUGAUGGACAGUUUACAGUGAUUCAGCUUUUGGGCAUGAUGCGAGGGAUUGCUGCUGGGAUGCAGUAUCUCUCUGAGAUGAACUACGUACACCGAGACCUUGCAGCAAGAAACAUUCUGGUAAACGGAAAUCUGGUGUGUAAAGUAUCAGACUUUGGACUGUCCCGUGUGCUGGAGGACGACCCUGAUGCAGUGUACACCACCAGGGGGGGAAAGAUUCCUAUCCGGUGGACAGCUCCAGAGGCCAUUGCCUACAGGAAGUUCACUUCAGCUAGCGAUGUGUGGAGUUAUGGUAUCACCAUGUGGGAAGUCAUAUCUUAUGGGGAACGGCCAUACUGGGAGAUGUCCAAUCAGGAUGUGAUAAAGGCUGUAGAUGAGGGCUACAGGCUGCCUGCACCAAUGGACUGCCCUGUGGUGUUGCACCAGCUCAUGUUGGACUGCUGGGAAAAGAACCGUAGCGACAGGCCUAAGUUUGGACAGAUUGUCAUCAAUCUGGACCGGUUGAUCCGCAACCCUAGCAGCCUGAAACAGCUGGCCAACAGCACUGUCUGGGAGGACCCAGUAACUCCAGAGCCUGCAUUUAGCACCGUUGCUGACUGGCUGGACUCCAUUAAGAUGAGUCAGUACAAAGAACAUUUCUCCAGUGGUGGCUACGUCAGUCUCGACUCAGUCCUGUAUGUCAGUGUCAGUGAACUCGGGAAGAUGGGAGUUGUGUUGGCAGGCCAUCAGAAGAAAAUCCUUUCAAGCAUUCAGUGCCUGCAUGUACAGCAGCAGCAGCAACCUCAGCAGCAGGGAACCCACGUGCAGGUAUAAAAAUCCAGUUAAGCCCCACCUCCUCACUCCUAGCUCCAUCUUCAGACAGAUGUGUCUUUCCUGUCCACCACUCCAGCAAGCCACUCCACUAUCAGCACUGAGUUCACCAACACACAUCGGCCUGCCUUUUUUGAUUGGUGGCUAGGGUCAGUGGGGGACAUCCAGACAUCUGGGCAGUGUUCAAGACAGAGCCAGUGUGGAAGUGAGGAAAUUGCUCUGUGAAUUUAAGGAAGCACUGGGAAACCUCAGUGCAGAAUACCUUUACUCUGACCUUCAAUGGGAAGAAGAGAGGACCAUGUGUUGUAAAAAAAAAAUAAUAAUAAUAAUAAAAAAAAAACCCUUCUGUUUUGUAGUAACGUGGUGGUCUGUUGACUUGAUGCUUUUAGUGUUGAUGUAGGUGGUGUUUGUGUACCACAUGAGGAUGGACUUCCGCUAUAAGGCCAUCUGUGAACUUAUUUAUGGUAGAGUAAUAGUAUUUUCCAACAGGUGACAAAUACCUUGAAGCACUGACCACACACAUUCAGACUGGGAAUGGAUGCCUUGUUACUCCCUAUGCCAUGCAAACUGUUGUCAUGUGAGUGGAGUGCAGGGAGGCUCCUAUUUAAUGGACCUGGCACAGGCCAAAGACAGAGGAGAGACAGAACCAAAAGGAUACUUCAAACCCUAAGGAUGUGACCAGUGAGGAAAUGUAUUUCACCUGUCUUAAGAGAUUUUCUUCUUUUCUUUUUUUCUUUUUUCUGGAUUGACAUUAAGAGACAUUUCUUUCACUGACACUGAGUUGGAUGUGUCUUGCUAUUUCAUGUAACGUGAACAUCAUAUUAACAAGAAGUGCUGCGUGUUCCCCUACUCCCUCUUUGGAGUAUCAUCAUGCAGUACUUUAGCCGCUGAAGCACAGAAAUAUUUGUUGUUAACAAAAUGUUUUUUUUUUUAGUCUCUAUGUCAUGUUUGUCAAAACAACAUGUACAUAAUACCAUGUACUUAUUAAAGAUAUACAUGUCUGUGAUCCAGGCACUUCAGAAUAGACGUGCUCCAAGCCGGGGUCUGGUACCACACUCAAAUUCCAGUUCUGGUAAAGUUGAAAGAAUGGGAAAAGGUUAAUUUGUACAGUAUUGUUUAAUGUGUGUUUGUACAGUCAUGACUUUGUGUCUCAAGUAUUUUGUUGGUCGUACAGUAAACUCAGACAAGGAGAUGCCUCAUUUUAAUGCUUUGAUGCUAGCUUUGGACAGAAAAGGAUUGUGCAGUGAAUGUAAUGGAUGUGUUAGCUUUAUUGCAGGUCUGGAAAGCUAAACAGGUUCUCAGGAUUUCUUUUUCUCAUGUACAUUUUUUCAAGAAGCUGCAUAUCGGAAAGAAAAACAUCAUCAUCUGUACACCCUCCAGAAUUAUUGGCAUUCUUCAAAAACGAUUGGGAUCCAUCAAAAUGAUAAUGAAAUAAAUAUCACACGCAAAUUUCUUUUUUAAUUAUCCACUCAAAUAGCAGUAAACAACGUAUCUUUGUUCUUUUUUUUCUUUUUUUUAAAUAAUAGUAUUUUCUCUAAAAUACAUGUGCCAAAAUUAUUGUAUUUAUUUAUAUUUUAAAUAAAUGCAAAUGAAUUGUUGUUUUUGGAAAACAUAUAUUUUUUCAGUUGUUCUCUUGCAAAGUUUCAGUCCCUAGAAACUUUGUUGUUACUGUCCAACCAUACCCCGUUUCCAUAGUUUUUAUAUAUAUGAGGAUAAAACUUGACCUAUCUAUGAGCACUUACCCCCCACACUGUGAAGCGGAUGAUGAAAGGAGGAAAAAAAGAUCACAGUUAUAGAAUUGGACACUUUCUUGUGGUUAUAAAAUUUAACCUGCUGAAAAUAACAGAUAAAUGCCACUUUCAUAACAGCAAGUGGGUUGGAAGCACUGCAAGAAAGAAGCCUUUCCUUAGAACCAAAAAAAAAAAAGACACCUGAACUUCACCAAGUGUCAUUAGAACUACAGCUGACAUGAUUAGAUCUUAUGGUCAUACACCAUAAGAAUUCUUAGUGAUAUAUAAUUACAGCACUUGAUAUCCAUUAUAAAAUACAGAGGUAGGUUUGUAAUGAUGGACUGGUGCUCCAAAGGGACUUCAUGACAUUCUGGAUUCUGUUAAAUUCCCAGCUAUUUUAGAACAAAUCCUGUUUACCUCUGCCAGCACCUUCAGACUUUGCUUGUUUUCAACAGGAUGAUGAGAACAGCAAAGAAAUGAUUCCAGAGACAUGAAAUCAAUAUUAUUCAACAACUAUUUCAGACUAUAAAUUUGACCCCUACAGAGAUUCUGUAGUCUGAAUGAAGAAUGAAGUCCAUGUGCACAAAGCUCAGAAGUUACAGGAGCUUAAAAUGUUCUUCAUGGAGGACAAGUGUCUCUAACCUUGUUAGACUACAUUAAGAGAUUUACUGCUGUUAUUCUCCUCUGAUCAGGCAUCAUAAGGUAUUACUUAUAAGGAUCCUGAUCAUUUUCUGGACACCUUAAAAGUGUUUACAAACAUAUUUUCAUGAAGGGUACCAAUAAUUCUGGAAGGUACUGUACAUUUUUUUUGCAUUUGUUCCUAAUGGUUCUUUUUACAUCAUUCAUUUUUUUCUUUCAGUACUAUGAAGAAUAAAUCUGUAUAGUAACUGCAGUUACAUGUACCAUGAAGCUGUUGGCAGUAAAUGUAAAAGUAAGAAGGCUUGUUGGAGAAACGCAGGCUGCAAAUUAAAGUUCUGGUUAGCUGGUUCCUCUGUAAAACUUUGGGAAAGCAUUUGUUUAGUGCAAGAAUUAAAAGGCAGGCAUUUCAUUUUUAUUUAUUCAUUUCCUUAAAGGCAGACAGAAUGCCUGUUUGCUUAUUGUGUUUGCUGUUCAGCAAUAUGCAUUGAAUAAAGACUUCAGUUUUAUUUCAUUUUAUUCCAUCCAAAUACCGGGCACGUCUGUGCCAUCACAUACCAAUAUAAUGUGAGCUUUCCUUAAUCGCCAAAUUACUGGAGCAUACAGUACGCUGCUAUUCAGAUUUGCUCCUCAAGCAGAAAAAGCAGCACUGUGUAGCUGUGUAAUUCAAUUGGGAGUUGCAAAGAAAAAAGUAUUAAAAAACAAUAAAGCUCUGGUCUUUUCAAAACACAAGAGGCUAAAUUGUGCAGAGUGGAUUUCAGACUGCUGCAAAUCCCAACGAUCAAAAGCGUUUCUUCAAUAAUUUAAUUUUAGAGCAAGGAGAACUUGUCAAAAUGCAAGCACAUACACACACACACACACACACACACACACCUGAAACGAAAUACCAACAGUGAAUACAAUUAAAUCACAACAUUACUCUUUGAAUCUUUUUGUUUUCCGAACACAUAAUUAACUGCUCUUUCAUUCGUUUUCAGUUCUAAGCUGGAAAUGUUGUACACACUGCAGUAUUCUCACAGCUAAUUACUGCCUUUUUCCCCAUUGUGCCCGUGUUUCCAUCAUUUUGUACACUUAUUAUUAUUUCUUUUUUUCGCAGAAGCUGAGAUUUUGAUGAAAGCAAAUUGGCUACCUAUUAUGAGAUUAUAAGAUAUCUCCUAAAGAAAAAUAAAACAAUUCUCACGCAUAAUUUAUUAUUUUAUACUCCGUCCAUGUAAUUGCAGUGUACAUUUAGCUGUUAUAGUGGUGUUGAAUGUUGUUGAACAUAUCACCAGUUCAGUCUUUCUCUGAUUUCAGCAUUUUAAAAGGAAUUUUUAAUUUUUUUUUUUUUUUCUUACACUAA